UCACCCGUCACCUCAACUGGAUCGUCACCCGUCGUCUCUUCGUCACCUGGGUCGUCACCUGUCGCCUCACCUGGGUCAUCACCCGUCACCUCAUCUUCACCUGGGUCGUCACCCGUCGCGUCCUCAUCGCCUGGGUCGUCACCCAUCGUCUCUUCGUCGCCUGGGUCGUCACCCGUCGCCUCAACUGGAUCGUCACUCGUCGUCUCUUUGUCACCUGGGUCGUCACCCGUCGCCUCACCUGGGUUGUCACCCGUCGCCUCAUCUUCACCUGGGUCAUCACCCGUCGCGUCCUCAUCGCCUGGGUCGUCACCCGUCACCUCCUCUUCACCUGGGUCAUCACCCGUCACCUCCUCUUCACCUGGGUCGUCACCCGUCGCCUCUUCGUUGCCUGGGUCAUCACCCGUCGCCUCCUUGUCGCCUGGAUCGUCACCCAUCGCCUCUUCAUCGACUCCUCUUCACCUGGGUCAUCACCCGUCGCCUCCUCUUCACCUGGGUCGUCACCUGGGUCAUCACCCGUCGCCUCCUCUUCACCUGGGUCAUCACCUGGGUCAUCACCCGUCGCCUCCUCUUCACCUGGGUCAUCACCAGUCGCCUCCUCUUCACCUGGGUCAUCACCCGUUGCCUCCUUGUCGCCUGGGUCGUCACCCGUCGCCUCCUUGUCGCCUGGGUCGUUACCCGUCGCCUCCUUGUCGCCUGGGUCAUCACCCAUCGCCUCCUCUUUGCCUGGGUCGUCACCCGUCGCCUCCUUCGCCUGGGUCGUCACCCGUCGCCUCCUUCGCCUGGGUCGUCACCCGUCGCCUCCUCUUCGCCUGGGUCGUCACCCGUCGCCUCCUCUUCGCCUGGAUCGUCACCCGUCGCCUCCUCGUUGCUUGGGUCGUCACCCGUCGCCUCUUCGUUGCCUGGGUCAUCACCCCUCGCCUGGGUUGUCACCCGUAG